AUGACUUCAUCUAAUUCUAGCGAGGACUUGUUUCCUGCCCUGGAGUCGCUCUCCAGGUUAAUCGUGCCUCAUAUCAAGACUGCGAUAUUCGUCGCGCUUGUCCUAAACCAAUUUACUAUCUUUCCUGACUUUAAUGUUAUUCUUUCGCAAAUAUCGAGCCCGUUAAUUUUCAUCGUCGCGCUGUAUUUUGGCGGUAUCUGGACUCUGCCUAAUGGCCGGGAAAGUACCAGCACCCUUUCUUGGAAGCUAUUGCUGGGACCAUUCUUUGACUUCAAGACCAUCUCUAGUCGGGUCGGGACAUACUUCAAAGUUGGCUCCUUGAUAUCUUUGGCUUACUACCUGACGCUGUACUACGACCUACCACUUCCAUUCCAACCAUGGGUUCAAUACAUGUUCGUUGGCAUCGCCGCUACCAUAUCAGCCGCUGCAUACCUAUUCGCCCCCAUCAGCAAGAUCUACGGACCUCUUCGCUUCUGCUACCUUGAACAUGCCCAGACAUACUGGCUAGUAGUCAACUGGUGGUCACUCACCGCCGUCGUCCCCUUCUUCUCCCCCACUCUGCUACCAAUCUUUGGCUUCUGCCUAAUUAGUGUGACGGUCGGUACAUGGGUCCAUAUCUACUUCGCAUACCGGGAGAAAGUCCGUACCAUCGCCUGGACCGUAUCCGAGAACGCUGCCCGUGCAAAGGCCGCUGCUGAAGAAGCUCGAGAUUUCGGAACUAUGGCGAAGAAGUACGAGGAGCAGAUGGUCAACGCUGCAGCUGAGGCGCGACGUGAUGCUGUUAUCGCGAACUCGGUUAGACUUACUGACUUCUUUGACUGCGCGUCUCGUGCAUGGUCUGCUCUCGCUGAAGCUACGGCCCCAGCUGAGGAUGCCGUCGCCCAAGCUCAAAGGGUCAUUGCCUCAGCGAUCAUCUGUGAGGAAACAGAAAAGGUCGAUGACAAGCAAAAGGCAGAGAAUGAGCGACUAGCCACAUAUUUCAGACAAUCCGCCGAAACAGCCCACGAGCGCGCAAGAGAAACAGUCGCCCUCCUCCGCACCGCCCAAGCUUCCGUCCGCGGUUCCGAAAACGCAGCACGACAAGAUGAAGUCUCGCGUCGUCAUGCAGAGCGAACCGCUGAGAAUGCGUCCAACGUCGCUAAAUCCGUCAGUGAUACUGUCGCGUCUAUUCAAGAUGCUGAGCGUAGAGCGGCGUGGGCUGGAGGUGCUGCUGCGAGGAGGGCUGAAGAGGCUGUGACUAUGGCGACAAAUGGAGAGAUUGAAGAGGCGAAGAAGGCUGUUGCCGCCUCUGAAUCUGCUUUCCAAGCUGCUGAGGAGUCGGCUAAGAUUGUGAGGGAGGGUAUGGAGACUGCGCAGAGAGGGUUGCAGGAGUGGUUGCAAAGUAGUCGGUAUGGAGUUUAG